AGUAUUUGUUGUUAUAGCGGAAACAAAAAUACAUAAUCUGUAGAAAUUUCAACUGGCUAACUAUCACGGUUCAUGAGAUACAGCCUGGUGACAGACGGACGAACGGACGUACGGACACGGGACAAGGCAUAAGAAAGAUUAACAUUAGUAAUAGAAUAUAUGAUGGCAGUGGAUAAAGGUUUCGAAGGUUUCAAAGUAAUAAACGAUUAGGUAAUUAAUUAAAAAUAAUAACUAUUUAUUGUUAAAACGAGUCAUAUAUUAAUAGUAAUAAUGUAAUAAAACCUAGACUCGUGAAUAUUGAUUGAUUUUACAGUAUUUGUAUAUUACAUGGCAUUGCGAUACGAUACCGGUCAGUUUUAUGUGAUCUCAGAACAUUUAUAUUGUGUGUAAUGUAAAAGUUUUUUUACAUAAAUAUGAAAAAAAAGAAAAAUAACCGCAUUAAACUAUUGCCUCAAUAUUAAUCGAAGGUUCAUUUCGUACCCCGUGCACUUCACUAAUGACAUGAAUAAACAAAUAGCUAAGUACUCACAUUAAUAUUUACCUAUUAUUUAAACGUUUACUUACUGAGAGAUUGAUGAAGGUUAAGUGGCAUGUUCUUAUAAAAAAUUCUGGAGACAAUGUAACAACACACAUCACCAGAUAUUUUACAUAUUUGCUUGUCGAAGCGCGAGAAACAUAAAAUAUUGAAAAUGAAUAUCAAGCAAAAAUCAUUUAAAAUACUUAAUUUAACAGAAAACGUAUUUGGCAUCUAUAGAAAUAUUAGCACGUUUAGCAAACUAGGAAAAACGAUAGCUGUAACUGUAAUUUCUAUUGAAUUAUCGUUGUGUUUGUAUAUAGUUUUUACUAAAUUCAACCAUUUUAAAUAUUUAUAUACGUGUCUCGCUCAGUUAAAUUCUAUACUUUCUAUUUUGUCGUCUUGUUAUUAUUCAAAAUCAUACGUUAAAUUGCUUAGGUGUUUAAAGGCAAAUGACAUACUGGUUGAUUUCCAAAAGGACGAGAUAUAUUUUAAACGCUUGGCUUCAUAUUUUAAAAUUGGCCUAUUUCGAUUGUGCGCAUAUUUAACUUUUUUUUGUUUAAUGUUAAUCAUCACUGAAGUUUUCAAUGUUUACAUUCAAUACCGCAAAGGAGAAGAAAGAAUAUUAACUCUCGCCCGAGUGCUAAGUAUAAUGCGUUUACAUGUUGAAUGCAACUGUAUUUACUAUACAUUUCAUACUUUAUCUGAACAACUGCAAUGCAUUACGAGAUCUGUUGUUAGAAGCAAAUUAUUUUAUCAUGGAGACAGCGAUCAAAUGAUUAAUGUAGAGAAAUGGCGCCAAUACUACACAAAUGUCAAAGAAAGCACGGAAUUAUUUAAUAAAAUUUAUGAUCAAAAGAAGCUCAGGACAGUAAAACAGCUAAUACAAAUAGUUUCAUCACGACCAAUAAAAGUGAAAACCUUUGGCGGUAUUGACGUCAACAUGGCGCUAGUUCCCGCGUGUCUCACCGUCGUCGCGAGCUACACCAUCGUCACUCUCCAGUUCAACAACGUCGUGUAAUGGUGACGUUUGGAUGACAACUGCAGCUGCAUUACUGUUGCGAUAUAACCGCUGUGCAUAGAUGGUAGCUAUCCUAUAGAUGUGAUACCGCGUGCGCCCGUGUGGCACAGAAUAUACGCAAUGCGACAAAAUUAAAAACACGGUUUCACCUUCCUGACAACAUACCAAAGACAACCUACGUAAUUUGGUCGGGUUAUUUGUUACCCACCACAAAUUAUAUAUUGGGAAAUAAAAAAGAUGACUACCUACCUACUGAAAGAUACAUAAGACUAUCCCGUAAAUCCCGUUCUGUCAGUUCUCCCACCACUCAUGCCCAAUCCAUACUUAAUACUAGAUUCAUGCCGCUGUGGCAUAGAUUCAUGCGCUGUAUAUGUCAAUUUGUUUGUUUAACCACCGGUCUGGCCUAGUGGAUAGUGACCCUGCCUAUGAAGCCGAUGGUCCCGGGUUCAAGUCCUGGUGUUGAGCACGGAAUUUGUUUCUGAGUCAUGGCUGUUGUCUAUGUAUUUAAGUAUUUAUUUAUAUAUUAUAUACAAGUAUAAUUGAGCUUACUAUGAGAUUCAGUCAAUUUGUGUAAUAAUGUCCUUAUAAUAUUUAUAUUUGUUUAUUUUUAUU